UUUUAUUUGAAAAUACUUAGAAGUCGUUAGCCAUUCAUAGUUCAAUAUAUUUACUAUAGGUCUUAAUGCAAAGUUGGUAAAUCGGUGCAUUUUUUAUUUGUUAUUCCUAUAGAAACUAUCACGCCACGAUGACUUCUAGGAUAUCAAAAAUUUAUAAUAUUAGAACUACUCUAUUUUUAUUAACUACGAUUAUUUACUUAAUAGAACCGACAGAGAGUGGAGCUCUACAGCUUACUGAACAAAACUUCAAUACUACUUUGGAUUCUAAUGAAUUAGCCUUUAUCAUGUUCUAUACUGACUGGUGUAGACAUAGUCGAGCGUUGAUGCCUAUAUUUGAUGAAACAGCUGAUGGGAUAGCCAAAGAAUUUCCAGAAGCAGGAAAGGUUGUGUUGGGUAGAGUAGAAUGUGAAAGAGAAAUGAGUAUAUGUGCAAAAUACGAAGUCAGAAGAUGGCCAACUCUAUUACCCUUUAGUAAUCUCCCGCCAGAAAACAGAAAGAAGUAUACGGGAAAUAGAACAGUAGAGGCUUUAACAACGUUCGUAAAGGAUCAAUGGAAGGAAUUGAAGGAACUAAAGGAAAGGAAAGAAUUAAAAUCAGAAUCAGAGUAGACGAUUUUCAUCGUUAUUAGUCAUAGAUAAAUAAUAUGUUUAAAAAAAGAGACAAAAUAAUUUCUAUAUUUUGUAACUCAUGCUACUACUUACUGCCUUUCAAUGUAUGAAGGCAUGAAGUUAGGCGACUUUGAAUGAAAAAAGAAACUAUUUUUACGCCUAUCAUCACAAAUAAGGAGGUACCUAGAUUAUAAGGAUUUUAUUUAGAAUAUAUUAUUUAUAUUUUAUAAAUAAAUAAUCGUAUUUUAAAAUUGCAAA